AUGGACAGAAUUAACGAAAUCCCUGGAAUGACAAAGACUUCCUCCACUACAAGCAAAGACGGUAGCUACACACGAACAGUGGUCCAGAAAACAUAUACACAUACCGUAGAUGGUGGGGAAAAUUCUGUAUAUGGAACAUUGAAGGAGAGCGGGAAUUCUGGGAAUCUGAUAACCAUGAAUGCGGGUAAAGACAUGGGCUUUAGGAAUAUGCAGUCGACACCAGGGUUUAGCUCACGGACUGUAACGUCCCGGUCGCUAGAAUCAGCACCACAAGUAUCAAGCUCCGGCAGACAAAUUUUGCUUAAGAAAACGGAGUCUAUCCCACCAAGGUCACUCAGUACUCGCCGAGUUGUCACCUCGAAAACCAGUCCAGAAAUUACAUCAAGGACCAUUACAACUCGAACCUCUUCUCUAGAAUCAAUGCCUGCAAUAACCUCAAAUUCCCGAAGAGUUGUUACAAAAAGUAGUUCCUCAAAAACCAUUCCAUUAUUCUCCUCUUCUAGUAAAUUUGCAACCAAGACAACUUCUAUGCAAAGUAAUCCUGUAGUGACGUCAUCAGGGAGGAAAACGAUUCAGUCCUCUUCAUCACAGAUGCUUUCUUCCCGACCAUUAUCAUCCGUUAACAUGGGAAUACGGGCAGCAACACAAUCAAUUUCACUGGACAGCAAUCCUCAGAUGACGUCAUCGAGGACAAAAGCCAUUCGGUCCUCUUCAUCACAGAAUUCAAUUGCUUCCAGACCAUUCUUAACUCGCAGUAACAUCCCAGAUGUUAACAUUGGAUCAAUGACAUCAAGGCAAUCAAUUUCACGAAGAAGCGAGCCCAUGAUGACGUCAUCAGGAACAAAAACCGUUCGGUCUUCAUCCUCCCAGAAUUUAUUUUCUUCAUCAUCCACAUCUGGCAAUAGCAUGACAGCUGCUGAAUUUGAUACUGGAUCAAGGACGUCGAGUCAAUCACUUAGAGAUAGAUCAGCAUCCCUCACAAACAGCCUCAAUCCUUAUGUAGAGACUUCAACGCCCUCUAGACAAACUCGGGAGUUUUCAUCUUCAACAAAGACCGGCAUGGAGAUCCCGGCAUCAAAAAAGAUAUCUACGGCAGAAUUUUCGUCCUCCAGAUUUUCAUCUGCUACAAAACUACUUCCACGCCCAGGCGCGUCCGAUUUCACAGUAAUAAGAGUGCGAGAGCGACUCCCUGCAACAGUGGAAGAGACAUCUAGAGGAACAUCAUUUAGAAAAACAAGAUUCGACACGUAUGACAGAAACACUGGGGCAAAUGCCCUUACAUCUUCCCGCACCAGGUCCUUAUCAUCUUCUCCUACAUUUGUAACUUCUUCAAUGUCCAACUCCUCUGAAGCCACAAUCGCCUCCCCUGAAUUGAUGCCCGUGACAGCAGGGGGUUCAGUUCAAGCUUCUGCAUCAGACAAUAUGGUACAGAACAUGGUCGCCGCGGACAUAGCCACUGGAGGGGACGUUGUGGAGGGAGCCAUGGAGAUGGCUGGUAACGUUGUAGAAGGCGCACAAGAAGUGGCGGGAAAUGUUGUGGAGACCAUGCAGGAGAGAGCUGGUAACGUUGUAGAAGCCGUCAAUAACGUGGGGGAAAACAUCGCCGAGGCUGGAGCAAAUAUGGUAGAAAAUGUCGUCGAGGGUGUGGAAAAGAGAGUAGAAAUUGCUGGCGAGGUCGCUGAAAAUGUUGUAGAAGGCGUAAAAGACGUCUUAGAUGAUGGAAGUUUACCAAAUCCGCUCAUGACUGGGGGAAGAGGGGAUAUAGACAAUAGAUUGGAUAUUGGAGAAACUGAUGAUAAGGAUUUAGCGAUAGAAGGGUCGCUUGGGGAUAGAGACAGAUAUAGGAAAAGUGAUGAAAUGGGCGCCGCUGUCGGUCUGCGGAGAAAUGGAGACUCUGGUGAGGAUUCAAACGGCGACGGAGAUAGUGACAGUGAGGAGAGAGACACUAAUUCCGGCAUUGACAGAGAUGGUGAUGGCGACAGUGACAGUGAAGAACGUGACUCCAAUUCUGGCGAAGACUCUAAUGGCGACGGAGAUAGUGACAGCGAAGAACGUAGAAGAGGAUCACUCGCCGGUCGUGAUUCGUCAGGUGAAAGAGACAGCGAGAGUACGGAAAGAAGGGGCGGAAGACGCCGGGGUAGCAGACGCGGAAGAUGGUGGAGAAGAGACGGAAGAGGUUCGGAUUCCAGCGCGGACAGUGGAAGUAACAGCCAAGGUUCUGACUCCAGUGACGAAAGCAGGGACGGAGACAGGGACGACAGCGGGUCAGACUCCAGCAGCAGCGACUCCAUGGAAGAUGAUUUCGAUUACUUCGAAGAUAUGAAUGAUUUCUGGAUGAACGGUGGAUCUAGGAGGUCUUCUAGCAAACGAAAAUCUCUGACCACCUCAUCAUCCAGUCUAACUAGAUCCAACUCUCAGAGAAUCGGUACUUCCAAUCUUAAUUUACAGUCAUCUAGGUCUGGAUCUAGUCGGGCUACCGCCAACCCUGGUUACCAGAGAGGAGACAUGAGAAGGAUUAUUUCACAGAUAAGAAACAAUGGCGGAGCUGUUAUCUCUCUCCCUGAGGCCAAGUCAAAUACCAUGGUUCAUUUCUUUGUUAAAUGGAGAAAGUCCAACCUUUCCAAGAAAGGACAGAAGAUGUUUAUAAGAACACCAGAAGCAACUGUUGCAAUUCUAAGACAUCCAAAUCGUCGAAUUUAAUUAGCGUUGAAUACUGACGCUAGCAUAUACAUGCUGCAAUGUCAUUCAUAGUCCAUACACAUAUUUAAAGUACACCUAAAACAGAGAAGGGAUACCUGUUAGGGAACCGACGUCCCGGGAUUAUCAAACACACUAGUAAUAUAUGAUUACAUGCUCAUAAAAAUUUGUAAUAAAAUAUGAAAAGCAAUAUGUAUCGACAUUAAGGAAUCCGAUCCAUAAAAGCAUUUAUUUUCACAAAAAGUCAAUAUUUGUAGCACUAAAUCUUUUGUGAAAACGAAAAGCCUGAUUUUUAGUGAGAUAAAGAUGGCAGAAAGAGUAAAUGAUGCCACAUUUAUUUAUACUGAAUUAGAUUUUUUUGUCAGAGUUAUCUCCCCUUGUAGAAAUGUAUAAAA